AAAAAUAAUUUAAAAGCAUAAAAAAUUUAAAAUAAAAACCAUUUAAGUUAUUUUCGAGUGUUGAAGAAAAUGUCAUUAUUUCCAGCAUAUAAAGAAAAAGAUGUUCUCGUUGAAGAAACCAUGGUUGCGUCAACAAGUUCCUGGCUGCAAAAUUUCACUUUUGUUCAACAACAAUUAGAUAAUCAAGAUGUAUCAAUCAAAAAAUCAUUUAUUAAUGAUACUGAAAGAGAAAAACAUGUAACUUUACAAAACAAGGAUUCAAUAAGAAAAGAAGGUCGAAAUUGCAUUUUUUUUAUUGAUUGUAAACAACAAAAAAUGUACCAUAGUGUCGAAACGUUAAAACAACCAGGAUGUCCGAAUUACAGAGUUUCUGAUUGUUACAAGUUCCCUAUUCACUCAAAAAGAUCAAAAAACUUUAAACGAUAUUAUGCAGCUGUGAAAAAAAUGAUGAAAAAAGAAGGAGAACUAAUAAAAGAACAUGAAGAUUUGGAGUACUAUGAAAAUUACCUUAAAGCAAACCCAAAUGAUGUGUCUCAUUGGCUAAAAUAUAUACAAUCAAAAGAAAAUAAGAAAACAUCAGAUAUUUUUCAAAAAGAAAAAUCAAAGUUAAAGGUGACAGAAAAAGCUUUGAAGCAUAAUCCAAAAUCUGAACAAUUACUAAUUAAAUAUUUGGAACUGUUGCCAAAAGUGUAUCCCACAGAUGAGGUUCUACAAUUGAUACAAAAUUUAAUUAAGAACGAGCCAAAUAACUUUCAUCAUUGGAAAGCACUGAUUUUUCAUAAACAAACGUCAAUGUCACAAUGCUUCGUCCCCGAAGUCCUACAAGAAUAUAAAAAGUGCAUGCGCACCUUAUUUUCUGUGGUAAAAAAUGACGAAAUUUUCAUGAAAAUUUUUAAGAAUUGUGCUCUAUUUUUACGUCAAUCUGGGCUAUAUGAAAAAUUUUUUUCCAUAAUACAAUUAGUACUUAAUCUUAAUUUCAUAUCAUCAAGAAUAUUUUUACAAAAUAGCAGCCAGAUCGAUACAAAUGUUGAGGAAUAUGAAGAAAUCAUCUUGAAAUCUGGUCUACCAUUGAAUGAAAUUUGGCUUCGUAUAGAGAAACUACGUUCAGCGUAUUAUUUUCUUCCAUGUGUAAUUACUGACCUUCAAAGUGAUCCACAACGAGUUGUAUUGGACGAAGAUAUAUGUGACUUGGCAUUUCCAUUAAUCAAUCAAACACAAAGAUUUCACCUGUUUAUCUUAGUACUCUAUUUGAUGAAAUAUCCAUUUAAUGGAUGUUUAUUUCAUAAUAAUACCAGCAUAUUUUCAGAGGAAGAAUAUGGUAACGAUAACAUUGAAAAUCUUUUAGUCACAUUUUUAGAUGUAAAUCGCGAGCAAACCAUGGAUAAAGUUAUAUUUAACAUCAUAAAUGACCUUCAAGAUCCUCCUACAUACAUCAACAACAAUCUUUCUCAUAAUAUAUAUCGUGACAUGUUAUUUAAUCUAUUAUUGAUAGGUGCAACAUGUUUUACAGAAAAACAAAAUAUGAUUUUGUUUAAAUUAUACAUUCAGCUUGAACGUAUGCUGGCUGUUCUUGAGAAACUUUCUUCAAAUAACUGUACUCUAACAAAUGAAUUUAAAAAAAAUACUAGAUAUCGAAUUAAAAUGGCGAUCAAAAAACUCAAUUAUCAAAAUAACUUGCAGAUAUAUGGUGAUUACGCUUGGUUGAAUUAUGAAAUUGAUGGAUUUUGCGCUGCUGAAAGUAUUUUUAUGAAAAUAAUACAACAAAAUUUCUUGGAUUCGAAUGAGUUCAAUAGUUUAUGUAUCUCUUAUGUAGAACUGUUAAUUUGUGAAUCACAAAAAGAAAAAGCAAUCUGCUUUUUGACUGGGUUCGUUCUUGGAGAAAUAGCCUUUGUUAAAUUUGUUGAUGCGUAUCAAAGUACAAAGAAAUUAUUGGUACAGAAAAAACUUGAAGCUUCUUUGGAAGAAGUUUUGAAGAAUGAGGAUUCAUGUAAUGCAUUUGACAUCGAGGACUAUUUCAUACAAAACAAAGAUUUAGUAACGAUAAAAUCAAAGAUUUAUUACAAAUUUCUAGUGAACUCUGUACAAGAAGUUCUAAUUGAGGUACGGGUCUUGCUAGAGUUUUUUUCACAAAACACUUUAAACCAUAGGUUUUUAAGAGAAAAAAUAUAUGAAAUAGCUACGUUUUUGCAUAAUUCCGAAGGUCGUAAAAAUAAACUAUUUUUACAAUUAAUCGCACAAGGAUUAGUAGAGUUCCCACAAAAUAUAUAUUUUCUUCGGGCUAUUGUUAGUGAUCUUAGCAAAUCCUGGAUGGACAUCAAAAUACCAGUUAUCAAAAAUUCUACGAUUAACUCUGUAAUAUUUCUUAUGAUUGCUUGUAAAUAUCGUUGUGCCAAAUUUGAUGAAUCAAAUGAUUAUGAUGAAGCAUAUAAAAAAAGGAUUUUGAAUUUAAUGGAGAAUUCAACGAACAAGUUUUCUAAAGUCAGACAAAAUGCACUAGUGUGGCGUUUAUACAUGAAAACUCUUUUUGACAAUAAUGAUCCGAAGACUAUGUCAAUGUGUAGACGUGUUUUGUAUGAAGCUCUGGAUAUUUGUCCGUGGCACAAAAGCUUAUAUCUAGAUGGAGCAUUUUUUUAUCCGGAAGAACUAUCACAUUUAUUAGACCUAAUUUUAGAAAAACAAAUAAGGAUUCAUGCUAUUCCUGAAGAAUUAGAAAUCCUUCGAAAAGACUAAUUUUUUUGUAACCAUUUAUUUGUUAUUCAUAUUUUA